CUGGAGAUGAAGUCACUCUGCCUUGUCAAAAUGUGAUAAUUCAGGACAACUGUGACCAAACUACUUGGCUUUCUAGUCGUAAAGGGGAAGCAGCAGUAGAGCUGGUUAAUCUUGGACAGAUUAAAGAUGGGAUUCCCAAAGCAAAAAUCAGACAGACUGAGUGUUACAGAGAAAUGUUCUCUGGUUAUAAAGAAUAUCACAGGUGAUGAUGUUGGUCAUUACACCUGCAGACAGUUCUACAGAUCAGAACGACCACAACAAGGUCCAGAUACUGUGCUUCAUCUGUCUGUUGUCAACAUGGAAGAACAGAAGAACACUGAUACAGUCACCUUGAUCUGCUCUGUGUUGACAUAUUCUGAGUGUGACCACUCAGUGAAGUGGCUGUAUGAGGGUGAUGAGAAUGACGUGGAGAUAACACCUCAUACCUGUUCAGCCAGUGUGUCAUUUCCUCCUCAUCUUCAUCAGAAGUUACUGAAGUGUAACGUGACAGAUAAGAAGAAUGGAAACACUCUGCUGUGUAAUGUCGGCCCCCAGUCCUCUUGUAAGAAAACAGGGGGGAGAAACAAAACAUCUGCAAAGGAUGGCACUCUAACCAAACAAGGUUAUUUGCGGUUCAUCAUUGUGUCUGUGGGUUUAGCAGCACUCAUAAUAACUGUUGUGGCGGUCAACAUAUGGAUGAGAACUAAAGGAAACAGAACCCAGAUGGAUGGCAAUGCUGAGCAUCAUGAUGAAGAUGAAGGUACAGUGACCUAUGAAGACGUUGGAGAACCGUCUGCUUCUAUCAGACUCCACUGAUCAACAACUUCAACUCGUAAAAGAAAUGAAAAAAAUGCUUGUAACGUAAAUUUUAGUAUUAGGCUAUCUUAUGUGUUGAGUCUUUACACCUCAAGUCUUGAAGUUUAAGUCUAACCCGUUUAAUAUUUUAGUCUUGAUGUUAAGAUUUUACUCAUUGCUUUUAAUGGUUAAGCUUUGCCUGAGUUAUUAAAUAUCUUUGUAUAGAAAAGAAAUUAGAAUGAGAGACACUUUCCUCAUCCUUUCAUAUACAGAGUAGUACUGUACAAAAAAGAAAUUGUGUUUCCCUAGCAGGGGCGUAGCUAAAAAUUUGGGGCCCUGUAGAAAGGCAUUCUCUGUGGGCCCCUCCCCACAUCCACAGCUAUUCAUUCUAGCAUCAUCUUGGGCCCUCCUCACAUGAGGGGCCCUGGGUACUCAGUCCCAUUCCCACCCCCAGUCUGACACCCCUGUUCUCUAGUCCCGGUGCAAAACAAAAUAAUCAACAUAAGGUGGAAACAACAAGAUACAAAACAAGGUACACACAAAAAUAUCAAUACACAUGUACUAAAUGUAAAUACACAGAGGGAAAAAAGGAAAUGUAAAGCAGUUCCCUGAGGAUAUUUAUGCAACAUGUAAUAACAUCACAAUCAUAAUUCAUUUUUAUUCAUAACUCUGCUAUAAACAUUUUCAUUCUAAGUCU